AUUUCCCUCUCCGUUCAUCAAUUUUUUUUUUUUGGCCUCGACGCCCUUUCGAAUUUAGGGUUGUGAAUAAUUAUUUGAUUCCUUAUCGUUUCCUUUCGAGUUAAAAUUUCGUAUCGUCUUCUCCCACCACUCGGAGCUUCUUCUAGGCUUAAAUCCUCUCAGUCCACCACGCUCUCAACCCUCAUUUGAAUCGUAUGAAGGAUGUGUGCAUUGUUCACAGUUCUCGUCUCUGAAGUGGGACUCUAGAGUUUUCGGGUUUAUUAUGGAUUGCAAUAAAGAAGAGGCUACAAGGGCGAUAAACUUAGCAGAGGAAAAGAUGAGGGGUGGUGAUUUCGUUGGAGCUCAUAAACUGAUCAUGAAGGCUCAGAGACUCUUCCCCGAACUGGAAAACGUACAGAAGCUGUUAGCCGUGUGUGACGUGCAUUCCUCUGCUGAUAAGAAAAUUAAAGGGCUUGACGAUUGGUAUGGUAUCCUUCAGGUUCUGCCUUCUGCUGAUUCCGACACUAUCAAGAAGCAAUACAGAAAGCUUUGCCUGCUUCUCCAUCCGGAUAAGAACAAGUUCCCUGGUGCGGAAGCUGCUUUCAAGUUGGUUGGGGAAGCAAACAGAUGGCUCUCUGAUCAGAGCAAACGUUCUCAGUAUGAUGUCAGAUACAGAUCCCAUUCGCUGUUUGCUAGCAAGGAGUCGAAUGCAAAUGCAAACUCUCUUCGCAACUCCUCAUCUGCGAAUGCUGCUGCAGUGAAUAUUGCGAGUGGGUUAACGUUUUGGACGUGUUGCAGAAGCUGUGGGCACAGGUAUAAAUACUUGAAGGUUUAUGUGAACCAACUUAUGCACUGUUCCUCUUGCAAGAAAUCUUACACUGCCUGCAACAUCGGGUCUGAUGGAGUGUCAUUUAGUGGUUCAACCGCUGGUGUAAAACAGUUUCAAGAUCAAGGGAUAUCUAGGCAGCAUCCUUCUACAGGAGCAGAAUCAGGAAGUUCAGCAGCUGAGAUGGAUAAGAACGGGACAGUCGGAGGGAAACUCAACAAGAGGUAUCGGAAAAAACAGAAAAGAGGGUCUAGUAACAAGAAACCCAAGAAAGAUGAGGGUUGUACAGAGAGUGAAGCUGAAGGAGGAAGACCCCAGAAAGGUGAGACAGUUGCCAAUAAUUCUGUGGAAGUUGCUAAACCUGAUGUAUUGAAGCCGCAGCCUGAAGUAAAAGAACCUGAGACUAGUGCAGCAGCUGAGAUGAAUAAGAAUGGGACAGUCGGAGGGAAACUCAACAAGAGGAGUCAUAAAAAACAGAAAAGAGGGGCUGGUAACAAGAAACCCAAGAAAGAUGAGGGUUGUACAGAGAGUGAAGCUGAAGGAGGAAGACCCCAGAAAGGUGAGACAGUUGCCAAUAAUUCUGUGGAAGUUGCUAAACCUGAUGUAUUGAAGCCGCAGCCUGAAGUAAAAGAACCUGAGACUAGUGCAGCAGCUGAGAUGAAUAAGAAUGGGACAGUCGGAGGGAAACUCAACAAGAGGAGUCAUAAAAAACAGAAAAGAGGGGCUGGUAACAAGAAACCCAAGAAAGAUGAGGGUUGUACAGAGAGUGAAGCUGAAGGAGGAAGACCCCAGAAAGGUGAGACAGUUGCCAAUAAUUCUGUGGAAGUUGCUAAACCUGAUGUAUUGAAGCCGCAGCCUGAAGUAAAAGAACCUGAGACUAGUGCAGCAGCUGAGAUGAAUAAGAAUGGGACAGUCGGAGGGAAACUCAACAAGAGGAGUCAUAAAAAACAGAAAAGAGGGGCUGGUAACAAGAAACCCAAGAAAGAUGAGGGUUGUACAGAGAGUGAAGCUGAAGGAGGAAGACCCCAGAAAGGUGAGACAGUUGCCAAUAAUUCUGUGGAAGUUGCUAAACCUGAUGUAUUGAAGCCGCAGCCUGAAGUAAAAGAACCUGAGACUAGUGCAGCAGCUGAGAUGAAUAAGAAUGGGACAGUCGGAGGGAAACUCAACAAGAGGAGUCAUAAAAAACAGAAAAGAGGGGCUGGUAACAAGAAACCCAAGAAAGAUGAGGGUUGUACAGAGAGUGAAGCUGAAGGAGGAAGACCCCAGAAAGGUGAGACAGUUGCCAAUAAUUCUGUGGAAGUUGCUAAACCUGAUGUAUUGAAGCCGCAGCCUGAAGUAAAAGAACCUGAGACUAGUGCAGCAGCUGAGAUGAAUAAGAAUGGGACAGUCGGAGGGAAACUCAACAAGAGGAGUCAUAAAAAACAGAAAAGAGGGGCUGGUAACAAGAAACCCAAGAAAGAUGAGGGUUGUACAGAGAGUGAAGCUGAAGGAGGAAGACCCCAGAAAGGUGAGACAGUUGCCAAUAAUUCUGUGGAAGUUGCUAAACCUGAUGUAUUGAAGCCGCAGCCUGAAGUAAAAGAACCUGAGACUAGUGCAGCAGCUGAGAUGAAUAAGAAUGGGACAGUCGGAGGGAAACUCAACAAGAGGAGUCAUAAAAAACAGAAAAGAGGGGCUGGUAACAAGAAACCCAAGAAAGAUGAGGGUUGUACAGAGAGUGAAGCUGAAGGAGGAAGACCCCAGAAAGGUGAGACAGUUGCCAAUAAUUCUGUGGAAGUUGCUAAACCUGAUGUAUUGAAGCCGCAGCCUGAAGUAAAAGAACCUGAGACUAGUGCAGCAGCUGAGAUGAAUAAGAAUGGGACAGUCGGAGGGAAACUCAACAAGAGGAGUCAUAAAAAACAGAAAAGAGGGGCUGGUAACAAGAAACCCAAGAAAGAUGAGGGUUGUACAGAGAGUGAAGCUGAAGGAGGAAGACCCCAGAAAGGUGAGACAGUUGCCAAUAAUUCUGUGGAAGUUGCUAAACCUGAUGUAUUGAAGCCGCAGCCUGAAGUAAAAGAACCUGAGACUAGUGCAGCAGCUGAGAUGAAUAAGAAUGGGACAGUCGGAGGGAAACUCAACAAGAGGAGUCAUAAAAAACAGAAAAGAGGGGCUGGUAACAAGAAACCCAAGAAAGAUGAGGGUUGUACAGAGAGUGAAGCUGAAGGAGGAAGACCCCAGAAAGGUGAGACAGUUGCCAAUAAUUCUGUGGAAGUUGCUAAACCUGAUGUAUUGAAGCCGCAGCCUGAAGUAAAAGAACCUGAGACUAGUGCAGCAGCUGAGAUGGAUAAGAAUGGGACAGUCGGAGGGAAACUCAACAAGAGGGAGCAGGAACCUCAGAGCCAAGGUGCUGGUGACAGGAUGCCCGAGAAAGAUGAGGGUUGUACAGAGAAAGACCUUGAAGGAGCAGGACCCCAGAAAGGUGCUGAAAUACCUAAACCUGAUAUACUGAAGCCCCAGCCUGAAGAAAAAGAACCGCAGGCUAGUGCAGGAAAGUCAGUGCCUGUUUUAUCAGCUCAAAAGACGAAUCAGACAGCCAGAAAGAAGAGAAAAGCUGUUGAGGAAUCCUCUAUGAGUUUUGAAGUUGAUGGCUCUGAUGCAGCUGUCAAUGAAACACACACGGAUGAAUCUAAUAAGAGGAAGUUCUCAAGGAAGAAGCCGCAGGUUUCUUAUGCAGAGAAGAGAGGCAAUGGUGAUUCUGUAAUCCCUCCGACAAAAAAGAUGAAAUCAGGUUGUGAAGUUGAGUCUGAUGUUAAUACGAAGCAAACGGAUGAGAAUAAUACGUCACCGGAACUUGCUGAUAAAGGAAAAGCCAAGGAAAGUGAAGAUUCUGGAAAGAAAAAUAUCUUGUCAGCCAAAAACAAAGAGAUUGAAAGCUGUGAUCGUAAUGGCGAAGACGAAGCUUUGUCGAGCAAGAUGGGUGAAGUUGAAAACGGACACAGAGCUAGUGAAAAUGGCAAUACGCUGGAUAUACCUGAUCCAGAAUUUAAUGUGUUUGAAGAUGAACGGAAACCAGAAAAUUUUGCUGUCAAUCAAGUGUGGUCUACCUGUGAUUCUAGAGAUGGUAUGCCACGGAGAUAUGCUCGAGUAAGGAAAGUGCUGUCUUCCGAUUUCAAGCUGCGAGUUACCUACCUAAAGCCUGUUCAGGAAAAUAAUGAUGAAAGCAUUCCAGUUACAUGGGGAAAGUUCAAUAAUGGAGAAACAAAGGAUGUCGAGAACCGCUCAAUUUUUUCAGGUCAGAUGCUUCACUCGGUCUGCAACAGGGUUGUUUCCAUAUACCCAAGGAAAGGAGAAAUUUGGGCUAUGUUCAGUGACUGGGAUGAGGAAUCGAGCACUCUAGAAAACCAUGAAUUGCCGUAUAAGUAUGACUUCGUGGAAAUUGUGAACGAUUUUAAGGAAGAGGCUGGUAUUGGAGCGGCUUAUUUGGGAAAAGUUAAAGGGUUUGUUUCCCUUUUUCAGCGGGAGGCGAAGAAUACAGUGUGUCAGGUUCAGUUUGCUCCAGAACGGAUGCUUAGAUUUUCUCACAAAGUUCCAGCCGUCAAAAUGACUGGAAUCGAGAAAGAAGGUGUUCCAGCUGGCUCAUAUGAACUGGACCCGACUGCACUGCCAAAAGAUAUAUUUCAGGCUGAAGCGGUUAAUGUGGAGAUGGAUAGUGAGACAAUGAAAGGAAAAGCUGAUAGCCCUGAUCCUGAAGCUCCGGAGACUGAAGUGAAUGCCAAGCCUGUUCCAGAGAUUGUUCCAUCUCCUCCAAGGAAACGUCAAAAAUCUGACGAUGAUGGCGGAUGCAGUAACCGUGAUAAGGUUUGUUCAACAUCUGUGUCAAUUGGGAAAGGGGAAGCCACCAAAGCCAAUGAUUCUUCUUCUAGUCAAGUUAGUAAAAAGAGCACACCGAACGGGUGUGGUGAGGCGUCUGAUGCCUUCAAGCUGCGAAAAUCUCCUCGUCUUCAAACAACUCCAAGCCAGCAAAUAGAGGAGAAGAAGAGUGCUAAACAAGGCGAUAAGAUUAAUCCGCCAAAGACAACUGAUAAGGUUCUUGUGACAGAUUCUUUGGGAAUAAACAAAUCGUCCAAAGGCAUACAGCAACAGGUAGAAAGACAGGUAGGAGAAGGCUCGAAGAAAAGAGGACGCGAUGGUGAAUUACCGUCUAGCUCCAAGCAGAAUGAUUUGCCAGCUCAGUUGGAUGGUUCUACUAAUAGGUCCCUUGAGACAACUCCUGCGUCAUCAAGUUGCAAAACGCCGCAAAGAAAUGCCUUCGACUUCGAUAACGAGAGAUCUGUGGACAAAUUCCGACGUGAUCAGAUAUGGGCUAUUUAUAGCGAUGACAAGGGAAUGCCCACAGAGUAUGUGAAGGUCAAGAAAGUGGAAACCAAGCCUGAGGUUGUGUUACACGUAGCCCAUAUGGAGCUGUGUCCGCCAUCGACCGAACCCGUAACCCGCCCUGUGUCAUGUGGGGAGUUCAAAAUGGAAACUGGGAAACCCAAAACCCUUCCUCUAACGAGCUUCUCACAUCGGGUCAAACCUUUUGACAGUAAGCAGAAGAUAGUCAAAGUAUACCCAAGGAAAGGUGACAUCUGGGCUCUCCGUAAGAGCUGUGAUAGCACCGAAGCAGAGCAUGAUAUUGUAGAAGUGGUGGAAGGUUACUGUGAAGGGAAGAGCAUAAAGGCGAUGGCUUUGACUGCUAAAGGCUUCAGUUCUAUAUACACAAGGAAGCAUGGGUCACAUGUGAGUUCGUUAGUGGUUCCAAAGGCGGAAAUGAGUAGGUUUUCUCAUCAGAUUCCGGCGGUGAAACAGGAGAAGAGAGCAACACGGGUAGCUGAAGGAGGAUACUGGGAGCUUGACCCUGCAGCCAUUCCACCUCCCACCACCAUAGUCAUAGACUGACCCCAGUUCCUCCAGUAGGCGUUCGGUUUCUUAUAUCAAAUACUAUGUGUAGGUAAGUAUUAUUCUCAGUAAGUGAAGCUUAAAGUUUGGUGAUUGUGGAGAAGAGUAUCAGAUUAUAUAGUACUUACUGCCUUUUGUUGGGGAUAGCUUAUGAGUUAUUAUUAUUGUCUUAUCUGUUUCUC